AUGUUGGGCCUCUCUUGGAGGAGGCUCUUUUCCAUCUUUUGUUGCCCACCUUCGCUUAGCAGCAUAACAGCUAAAUUGUCCUUUCAACCACCAGAGCCUUCAUACACUCUACAGGAGAUUGAGGCCCCCCCAGCCCAGGACGUGGCUCAGGAUGAGCGGGUGGACCCUACAGUCUCCCUGCCUCCAAUAUGCAGUCUGCACCUGUCAGAAAGUGUUAAUUGCCUAUACUCCCAGUGGGAUCUGGACAUGGUAGAGAUGUUCCGAUGUAUCACAAAGCGGGGGAACAGCCUGGCCUGUAUGUAUAUCCGCUGUGCACCUGGGAGCCGCUACACGCUGCUCUAUUCUCAUGGCAGCAAUACUGACCUAGGCCAGGUGUGCAGCCACUACAUUGCCCUGGGCUGCAGGAUUGGAUGCAACAUCUUCUCCUAUGACUACUCUGGCUUUGGAAUGAGCAGCGGAAGGCCGAGUGAGAAGAACAUCUAUGCAGACAUUGAAGCAGCCUGGCACGCCCUGAGGACCCGAUAUGGAGUCCCUCCUGAAAACAUCAUCCUAUAUGGUUACAGCAUAGGCAGUGCCCCUUCGAUUGAUCUUGCAACCCGCUACAACUGUGCGGCCAUCAUUCUUCACUCCGCACUCAUGUCAGCGAUGCGGAUUGCCUUUCCGCACAUACGGAGGACCUUCUGUUACAAUCCCUUCCCCAACAUUAAGAAAAUCUCUAAAGUAACCUGUCCAGUUCUCAUAAUUCAUGGAACCGAAGAUGAGAAUAUUGAUUUCUCCCAUGGAUUGGGACUGUACGAGUACUGCCCACAAGCUGUAGAGCCUCUCUGGGUGAUAGGAGGCAACCACUAUAAUCUACAUCACUAUGCCCAGUAUGAAGAGAGGCUUCAGCACUUCAUAUAUCAAGAGCUGCCUUUCAUAUAUCAGGAGCUGCCCAAUCCAUGA